UCAUUGUCCCACAGUGAGAGUAAAUCACUUUUACUUUUUAAUCUAUCCAAAGUGGGUGUCAAAUACCGAUGGGAAACCAAAGGAAGGAAAAAAAAAAAAGAAGCUUAUUAUUCUUAAGUCAACCAUUUCACUUCCCAAAUACCCAAUUCCAUGGAAUUUUCAUAAUAAAAUAAUAAUAAUAGUACUAAUAAAAAAAUUAUGAUAUGAUGUACGUUUGUGGAAAAUAGUAAGCACUAUAUAUGGUAUAGUAUAAGAUAGACGAAGAGAAUAUAGUACUCAAAAUAUGGGAGAGUUGAAGUAUGAGCCUUUAUUUGAGACCAAGAGGGCUAAGGGGAGGAUAAUAUAUAGGCUAUUUGCAACUUCACUUUUUUGUGGGAUUUUUCUGAUAUGGAUUUAUAGAUUGUGUAAUAUACCAAAACCAGGUGAAAAUGGUAGAUAUGGUUGGAUUGGAAUGCUUGGAGCCGAACUGUGGUUUGGUUUUUAUUGGUUCCUCACUCAGUCUCUUCGUUGGAACAGAGUUUAUCGUCAAGCAUUUCGAGAGAGGCUAUUGCAAAGGUAUGAGAAUGAGUUGCCGAGAGUAGAUGUAUUCGUGUGCACAGCUGAUCCUUCAAUAGAGCCACCAAUUAUGGUGAUCAAUACAGUUUUAUCAGUCAUGGCUUACAAUUAUCCACCGGAAAAGCUCAGUGUUUAUCUCUCAGAUGAUGCCGGUUCUGAGCUUACCUUUUAUACCUUACUUGAAGCUUCUCGCUUCGCAAAGCAUUGGCUUCCUUAUUGCAAAAAAUUCAACGUUGAGCCGAGAUCACCUGCUGCCUAUUUUGCAUCAUUGCCUGCGCCAGAUCAAUCUGGUGCAGAUUUUUCUGAAACAAAGAGAUUAUACGAGGACAUGGCAAACAAAAUUGACGUUGUGUGCAAGGCUGGAAGAGUUUCAGAUCAAGCAAAAUUAGAAUACAAAGGAUUUUCCAAAUGGAAUUCAUAUUCAUCCAAGAAAAACCAUGCUGCUAUCUUGCAGAUACUAAUCGACAGCAGAGAUGAAGGGGCAAAGGACUUUGACGGGGUAAAACUGCCAACUUUGGUAUAUGUGGCUCGGGAGAAGCGUCUUCAGCACUUCCAUAAUUUCAAAGCCGGGGCAAUGAAUGCAUUGAUCAGGGUGUCCUCAGAGAUCAGCAACGGGCCAGUAAUUCUGAAUGUAGAUUGUGAUAUGUACUCGAACAACUCAAACUCGAUUCAAGAUGCUCUUUGCUUCUUUAUGGAUGAAGAAAGAAGUCAUGAAAUUGCUUUCGUGCAAUUUCCACAAUCUUUCGAAAAUACCACUAAAAAUGCAGUUUAUGGUUCUCGAAGAGUAAUUGAUGAGGUGGAACUCCACGGUGCUGAUGGUUACGGAGGUCCUUUGUAUACUGGCAGUGGCUGCUUUCAAAGGAGAGACACCCUUUAUGGUAGAGAGUUUAGCAAGGAAGCUAGGAUUGAUUUGAAGAGUUCAUGUCCCGAGAAGAGGGAAGAAAACAUGCACGAGUUGGAAGAAAGACUAGAAAGAUUAGCAAGUUCCACGUAUGAGCAAAACACUCAAUGGGGAAAUGAGAUUGGUUUGAAGUACGGGUGCUCAGUCGAAAAUAUAUUGACUGGGCUGACAACCAAGUGUAAAGGUUGGAAAUCCGUUUACUAUCAUCCUAAAAGGAAGGCCUUUUUAGGGGUUGCUGCAACUACUUUGGAUCAACUAUUAGUGCAGCAUAAGAGAUGGUCCGAGGGCGAUUUAAAUAUUUUCUUUUCCAAGUAUAGCCCUGUUUGGUAUGGACUUGGAAAGCUCAAUCCCGGCCUUGUGUUGGGAUAUCUCCAUUACUGCUUCUGGUCUCCAAAUUGCUUUGCAACUCUGUACUACUCUAUCGUCCCUUCGCUUUAUCUACUCAAAGGAAUUUCCCUGUUUCCACAGUACCUUACUGCAUCAGUACCGGUUAUGAGCCACAUUCAGCUUUGAGUUUCUAUCAAGUUUACUGUCCAUUAUGCUCGGAUUCUCUAAAACACACUACUUUUGGACGACCUGACACUCACAUGACAACAUUUUUGUAGAGCCGGGGAAAACAUCAAACCGGCACUCAAACUCGCUCCCCUUUUGCUCACAACUUGCAGGUCUCCAGCAAAUGGUUCUUGCCAUUUGCAUACGUGAUAAUCGCAGAACUAACAUAUAGUUUCGCUGAAUUCCUGUGGAGUGGCGGAACAGUUCUUGGAUGGUGGAAUGAACAAAGAAUAUGGCUUUACAAGAGAACAAGUUCCUACAUAUUUGCAUUUCUUGAUACAAUGUUGAAGCUAUUUGGUUCAUCCAAUACAACAUUUAUAGUCACUCCAAAAGUGACUGAUGAAGAUGUGUUGUUGAGAUACAAACAAGAGACAAUGGAAUUUGGAAGUGCUUCACCUAUGCUUACAAUAUUGUCAACAUUGGCAAUGCUCAAUCUUUUCUGCCUUAUGGGGUUGGUGAAGAAGUUGAUAGUAACAAGAGAAUUGGGAUUGAAAUAUGUAUUUGAAACAAUGGCUUUGCAAAUUUUGCUUUGUGGGAUUCUUGUUUUUGUUAACUUGCCUUUGUAUAAUGCUCUUUUCUUUAGGAAAGAUAAGGGGAAAAUACCUAGUUCUACUGCUGUUCAGUCUCUUGUUUUUGCACUUUCUGUAUGCACUUGUAUUGCAUAUUUGUAAUUGUUGAAGAGUCCCUUCGGUUAGUUAGUAUGUUCACUUAUGAACCCCUUAGUGAAUAUCCUGGCUUCGCCACUGGUACUAUAAAGGUUGGAUCUUUUUAA